UGUGAUCAUCCGUUAUUGCUAUGUUUUUUUUCUGAAACUUUCUUCCAUUUAUCAUUACCGACGUUAAAAUGAGGGAACAAGAGUGUUACAGUAACCAAAUACUGCAACAAUAACUCAUACUAUAUAUUACUGUUCCAAAACACAAUCCGAUCUUGUAGUGAUUGACCAGUGUUCAUUAUUGGUUGCUACAAUCGCUCCUCAAAACUAAGAUUUUAGUUGCUACGUUCAACAACACUACGCAGAAAGGCAAGAUAUACAUAAAUUAAUCAAUAAGCAGCUCAUAGACAGAAGGCGAUAGAGACGAAGUAGCCGAACAUAUGAGAAAUGCAACUGACUACGUCUUGUAGGGGUCGUUACUUUGGCAGGAAUAGGUUUCCAUUUUUGUUAAUUUCGCACAUUACCUGCAAAACAGCAAUAAUUCGAUUCGUGGUGUUGACAUUGUAAAUGUCCGUUCAUAGGUUAUAAAUGCUGAUUGGUUUACUUAUGUUCCAGUGUCCUUAUUUACUGCCCUGUCUAACAUUCGGUGUCACAGUAUUGUGCUUUGGUUUUUGAAAGGAGUUCGUGCAAUUGAUUAUGUUUAGUUGUUUUCAUUUAACAGAUUUUGUUUUGUGCAUUCAUAUUUGUUUUCAAAAGUGAUUCCUUAUGAUUCCUGCUGUAUGCUUAAGUUAAGAGAAAAGUCGUUAGCCUCUAUACUUGAACCAUAUAGUUUUUUGGUUUUUUGUCACUAUUAUAUGAAAGUGUAUGAAUUUCAGGGAAUGAAUCUGACUUCACUUGCAACUAAUACAUUCUUGUAUAGAGGACUUGUUGCUCUGCUUCACUGCGAUAAGAUGACAGUCUAUCUAACAUUAAGUGUAUUUCUUACUUGGUUAUCUGUUAAUUUGGUUAUCUGUAGUAUUUUAUCUUAUUCACUAAGAAUGCUGGGCUGAUAUUGCUUUUACGCUGUGCAGGCACGAUAUGGACAAGCAAUGUGAGUGUGAAAACGUAAAAUUAUUUUAUGUAUUUGAUGUCUUGAUGAAUCACGAAUCAAAAUCGCUUAACGGACUUUUUUACAUUUCGUAUAAACUCAUCCCUUUUGCUGCAACUAGGUGGCAAUUAUCCAAUGUUUUGCCUCGUUGAUAGAUAAAAUGUCAUUCCCUAUCACGAUUAUUAGUAGAUGAUUUGACGAAACUCGAUGAGGGAACCCAAUCCGAAGUCUAGUGAUAGUAGUUCAUAAUAAAUGUGAGUGACUAGAUGGAAUGAUAAUCUACGUUAAUAUAUUUACUUAAACGAUAGCAACCAGAGUCACUCACAGAACAGAUAAUAGCCAUCUGGAAAACACAGGUUAUUGGGUGCCAAAAAUCGAUACAGAAAACACAAUAAGAACUUACAAUUCUAAUAUAAUUACUUGACUACAUGCAAUUGCACAAACAAGAAUAUCUUUAACAUGAACAAUGGACUCGUCGUGAAAAAAAAAAUCGAUUUUGAUGAUGAAUUCUUCUUAGCUGAAGCGAAAUGAUGGUUUGCCUCUCUUUGAAUAGUAGAACAUCAAUAAACAUAGUUGCAACUAGUUGUCGAUGUUUUUUUUGGUUUUUGAUAUCGCUUUUAGACCUCUAUAAAAACAAAUGGCCGUGACGAACGCAGAAUUCGUUGGUUAAACCCAAAAAUAACCUCUUAUUUUGCUAUGAGCUCCUCGAAUUGAAAUGUAGUAGUAGUCGUACUUAAAAUUGCUAUCACUUGGAGCAUAAGAGAGAAGUAAUUGAUAUGCGCAAACUAACUAAAUUUGCACUCGCAGAAUAUAAAUUUGUUUAAUAGUUCUUUCGACUAGCAUAUUUACUUCAACAGCUGAUCGAGAAUGAUUGUGUUUGAUGAAUCAACGGAGAUAAAACAACCAUUCACAUAUGCACACACAAGGAACAAAAACAGUAGCCGCAGCAGCAUACACAAUCAGACAGGACACAUAAAUGCACAUAAAACACAGGGAAAAGGAAACUGGAUCACCGUUAAAGAAACGUUACGAAGAGAUUGCGGCAUUUUUAAAAGAGGCUUCCUCCAUUAUUGUGGAAUGGCUGGCUUCGGUGAAAGCAGCAACAUGUACUUGAUAAUAUCUUUAGCGAGUAAUAACAGCAGUGCAUGAAAUAUCAAUUUUAUACAACUUAAAACCACUCAUAAUCAUUUCAUCGCCGAUUGGAAGAACGAAUUGAAUUCAAUUUUGAGCAUGUCUCUUGAAGUGGAAUGAGUAGGUUGAGUUAGAGUUUGUCAUAAUUAUGCGGUUUGUCGCACUCGCUGCAAACUAUGCAACGAGGUUGAAAUUAAGCGAGAAAGAGGGAGUGUGUCGAAAUUGGUGAGUUGUGUUUCUAUCAAACCUUUAGUAGAGAAGUAAUUCAAACAAUGCAGUGGUAAUCGAAAAAUGUGUUGAAAAUGGAAAACGUGAUUAAAAAUAUAACUUUAAACCCGA